CUGAAAUUGUGGCACGGCGAUCCAAUGACCCUGCAUCGCAUGCAGGAUAAGAUCACCAUGGUUGCCCAGUUCCAAAAGAGAGAGUAUUCAAAGUCGUCUCCGGCUCGGAUUUCCAAGAUUCGAGAGACUCAACCUACGAAUCUCACACAAGCACAAUGGGCACCGACGACAAAGAAACGACGGUCCAUGACCUGGGCCGCACUACCACCAAUGAUGUAGAUGACCUGAAGGUUUCCGACGCCCAUGUAGAGGAGGUCGCCAUCGCACGCCUUACGGAUGAGGAUCUAUACAAACUCUCUAGGGAGUCGUUUAAGUUUCGCUCUCGAGCCGGACUUCGCAUCAUGUUGAUAAUGUUCGUGCAGGGAUGCAACCAGGCUGGCUACGGAGUUGACUGGCAGGUUAUCAGUGGUAUCAACAAUAUGUCAUCAUGGCACGCGUAUUUCAAUUUUGGGACCAGCGGAUCAACUUACGGAACUUUGAAUGCCCUGAUGAAUGUUGGCACCAUGUGCGGUGCGCCAUUCCUGACCUUCUCGGACCAUAUCGGACGCCGGGGUAUCAACUUCACUGGAAACGCUAUUGUAAUUGUCGCCGCUAUUCUCCAAGGAUGCGCAACCAAUAUGCCAACGUUUAUGGCUGGCCGCUUCAUUUUAGGAUUCGGAUCUGCCAUUAUGUCUAGCCCGCAAUACAUGGCUGAGGUCUCACCUGCCCAUUAUCGUGGUCGUUUAGUUGGAUUGUUUGGGGCAUGUUUCCAGAUCGGAAGUUUGGGCAUGACCGCUGGCUUUAUCGGCUUCUCCAAGAUGGAAAAAAGUAACUUGGCUUGGAGGAUACCAGUACUCCUGGAAGCAUUGUUCCCGGCGAUUGUGUGCCUCACAAUAUACUUCUUGACCCCUGAAUCACCUCGAUACCUUGUGAUGAAAGGGAAAAUAACACAGGCAAGGAGAGUGAUUGCGAAGUACCAGACGAAUUCCGAUGAUGAAAACAGUGAAUUGGUAAACGCGGUUAUUGUUCAAAUCGAGGAUUCUUUGGAGCAAGAUCGUGUUAUUAAUCGCCAGUGGUGGAACUUCUUAGUAUUCUUUACCAAGCCAGUUCGAUAUCGCCUGUUGAUUCUGGUUCUAUACUCCGUCUUUCAACAAUGGAAUGGCGGCGGAAUCAUUACAACAUAUCUCGUCCCGGCACUCGAAACUGUGGGGAUUACAAACCCUACCGAUAUUGCGGGAAUCAAUUUUGGACUGACAGGGGUUUACUGCGUUUUUACUGUCGCUGGAGCUUUCUUGGUGGAUAUUGUCAGUCGUCGAAACUUGAUCUUUGCUGGGUUAAUAUCAUUCAUUAUCUUACAAACUGCCGCAACAAUCACAGGAUGGAGAUAUUCUGUGGACCCAACAACAGCAGCUGCCGCGUUGACCUUGCUGUGGAUUUUCUCUUUCCAAAUCUGCUCCGCGACCCUCAUUGCAACAAUGCACAACCUCUACCCCGUUGAAUGCCUUUCGCUCGUUCUUCGUGCGAAGGGACUUGGUUUUUUCAGUCUUAUUCAGGGAAUCGCUGGCACCGUACAGAAUUACGGUAUCUCCCUCGGGAUUGGACCAUUGGGGUAUAAGAUCUGGGCUGUAUAUGUUGGAUACAACCUCCUCCAGUUGGUCAUGUCGUAUUUCGUAUUCCCUGAGACGUCCGGGCUCUCUCUCGAGGAAAUCGAUGCCGUGUUUGAGACAGACGGAGUCAAUCCAGUUCCGAUGUCUCUCAAUAUACAGAAGGCAAAGAAGGAGAGCGCAAGGCUUAAUGCAGAGACAGACGCAACCCUUGCUUGAGUAGCGAAGGGAUCAAAGUUUCUGAGCUAUUCUAGCUAGGAUCAAAUUUACGUAUCUGCUGAAGUAAGGGUUUAACAGGAGG